AGACAUGCUGAGUUGCUAAUCACAGAUUUUAUAAAAACAUUUUAGAUGUCAUUUUGCUGGGUUACACAAUAAAAGUUCAAUCUGAAAGUUUGCACUUUCGGCUAAACGGAACAAAAUUUGCGACAAUAUGUUUGAAUUUCCCAGAAAGAGUAACUGUUGUACUCCCGUUGGCUUAAAAAUGAUACUAUAAUAAUAAUACUGAUUUUUAAACUGGUCAGUCGAUGGUCAUUUCAGAAUCAGCUUUAUUGGCCAAGUAUGCUUACACACACAACUGCUCUCUAUGUACAAGAAGUAUAACAUUAAAUAUUGACAAUAAACACAAAAUAACGAAAGACUUACAAGACUAAAUAGGACAAUAGUGCAGUAGUGAUGCAAAUUUGCGGAGAUAAACAUUAUAAUAAUAUAUUAUGUUUCGAUCAUAAACAUCUCAAGGUCAAGCACUCAUCGUCCAUCAGAACUUUGCUGUUUGCUGUAGCAUUGCUGUUGUUAAAUGAACAUCUCACAUACUGCAGGCUUGGAUUAAAAUACAGUUAUAAAGAGUUUCAAAUCCAGUUAUAAAAAUAUAAAUUGUGACUGUGUUGGAUCAUACACUGAAAUUGUGAUAAUACAACAUUAAAGCAAUUAAAUGACAUGCACAUAGAUUCACUGAAUUAAAACACCUGUCAAGCUGAUUAAUUGAAUAACGCUGUUGUUGGCACCAUCAUUUCAAUGCGAUUUUUCUGCUUUUAUUUUGAAGGCUACGUGUUUUACAGGAAACGUACAUACUGCUUCUGUCCAGCUUUAACGCGGAAGAGAACGUUGGCGGGCUGAGCUCGUGCUGUUUCUCUCCUUUAACGUCCUCAGUCAGGAUUUAAAUAGGGACGCUCUGAGAAGGGGGAGCAUCAGUUCAUCUUCGGAAGAAUCCUGAAUCUAUCAAAAUGAGUGGACGUGGAAAGGGAGGUAAAGGACUCGGUAAAGGGGGCGCCAAGCGUCACCGUAAAGUCCUCCGUGAUAACAUCCAGGGCAUCACCAAGCCCGCUAUCCGCCGUCUGGCUCGCCGUGGCGGAGUGAAGCGUAUCUCCGGUCUGAUCUACGAGGAGACCCGCGGUGUGCUCAAGGUGUUCCUGGAGAACGUGAUCCGUGAUGCCGUCACCUACACCGAGCAUGCUAAGAGAAAGACCGUCACCGCCAUGGAUGUGGUCUACGCUCUGAAGAGACAGGGCCGCACUCUGUACGGCUUCGGCGGUUAAACUCACACCUCAAACAACAACAACCCAACGGCUCUUUUAAGAGCCACCCACUUCCACUAAAGAGAAUAAACCGAA